GUGGGAUGAUACGUUCCCGAUAAUCUAUCGCACCUUGUUGUUACGUAAGAAAAUAAUCAGGGGCUUAUAACGCGGCUGUCACUUAGCGAAAAGAUCAUUAGCGACGGUGCGUGCGCGACAUCGGGUCUAGGUUCCGAGACGACGGCCGUGGUAUCUCACAUCGUCGUAGCGACCGCGAACGACCCGCGAUCGAGAUCGCGCCACGCGGGGAACGGCGCGAGAAGAAAGGAGUGGGAGAGAGACGUGGAGACGGAUCAGAGGAGGCCGAGCGAGAAAGAGAGAUCGAGAAAAUGACCCCCACUCACGGCAAUGAGGAGAUAGAGGGGCGCACUUAUAAAGACUAUGGCUACAGCCCUGUACCAGUGAGUUCCCCUUCGGCGGUGAAUGAUACACCCCCGGUCGAUAGAGAAUCCGUGGAGUUGGACAUACGCGGCAGGACGUCGUCACACACCGUCAACCAUCGCUGCCCCGAGGACAUGACCGAGAAGGGUUCCAAGCGCGUUCAGUUCCUGGCCGCUUCGGCGGCUAGUCUGUCCGUCGUCGCGACUGGCGCGAUGAUGUCGUGGACGAGUCCGGUCCUACCCAACUUGGAGAAGAAUAUCGGACCUCUGGGGUCAGCGAUCAGCAGCGAGCAAAGCUCCUGGAUAGGAUCUCUGAUGUCCAUCAGUCCUAUUUUCGGUAGCUUCGGGGCGGGAUAUCUCGGAGAAAGAUUGGGUCGCAAAUGGACGUUGUUAUCUUGCCUCGUGCCGUUUUUAAUUGGAUGGAUACUUGUCGCCACUGCAGGUCACGUUGCUCAGCUUUAUGUCGCUCGAUUAAUAUUUGGAUUGGCUCUGUCUAUCGUAUUCACGAUCCUACCUAUGUAUUGUGGCGAAAUUGCAGAGAUUUCUAUCAGGGGAGCAUUGGGCUCUUUUCUUCAGCUCUUCAUCACGAUCGGUUUGCUAUAUUCCUACGCUAUUGGACCGUUCGUUAGCUACACGGUCCUUUGGAUUCUCUGUGGCAUCCUGCCGGUGAUCUUCUUCGUUUGCUUCAUGUUCAUGCCGGAGUCUCCGUAUUUUCUUCUCACCAAGGGCCGCAGAGAUGAGGCAAUCGCAUGUCUGGCGAAACUCCGAAGCAAACCUGAAGCGGCUGUUCAGAAGGAGGCCGACGAAAUACAGGCAAUAAUCGACGAGGCUUUCAAGAAUCAAGUCAGCAUCUCGGACCUGUUCAAGGUGAAGGCGAAUUUCAAGGCACUGCUCUAUACCUGCGCCAUGGUUUCCUUUCAGCAGCUUACCGGUAUCAACGUCGUGCUGUUCUAUAUGCAGAAUAUCUUUAUUGACGCCGGAGGUGCCGUCCCAACGGAGGUAGCGCCGAUUAUCAUCGGAGUGGUGCAGGUGUUAGCGUCAGCGGUGACACCCGUGGUUGUCGACAGGUCAGGUAGAAGGUUGCUCCUCGUUUUCUCCGGCGUCGGGGAAGUAGUCAGUUUGUGUGCCCUGGGCUUGUACUUCUACCUGAAGGACGUGCAGAACGCGACCGACGUGGUGCAGCAGAUAUCCUGGCUGCCGGUGGUCUCGCUCGUCAUCUUCGUCGCCACGUACAGCGUGGGCUGGGGCCCGCUUCCGUGGGCGGUGAUGGGCGAGAUGUUCGACCCGAACGUCAAGGCCAAGGCUUCCGGUAUAACGGUUUCCGUCUGCUGGGGUCUGGCCUUCAUCCUCACCAAGUUCAGCAGCAACCUCCAGAAAGGGUUGGGCAAUUUCGCGACCUUCUGGAUGUUCGGAGGAUUCUGCAUCCUCAGUAUUCUCUUCACGGUGUUCCUGCUGCCCGAAACGAAAGGCAAGACACUUCAACAGAUCCAGGACGAGCUCAAUGGCGUGACUUCGACCGCGAGCGUCGAGAACGGGACGAAAAAGUGAGGCGGAAAGCACUCGCGUUCGGUGAUUAUCCUGACGAUGAAAACACCCGACGAAUUCGCCGAACACUUUGAAGAGAUUAGAUAAUUAUAAAAAAUGUUUAGAUAAAGUUUUACAUUUUUAUGAUAUAGCUAAAGGAUUUGAUAUCUUUUAUAGCGGAGGGGAAUUAGGUAGAGUAUCAGAAAUACGAAUAACGCAUGUGCCUAUCGUUCCACUGCCAAAUUUAUAGAGAUAUAGGUAGUACGGGUAAAAAAAAGAAAUAUUUUACGCUUGGACCAUCGUUCAAUCUCCCGUUAUCAAAUGUUGCUCGAAUCACAAAGAAAAAUGGAAAAACGAACGAAUAUGAUAGUCCAAUAAUUUUAAAUAAAACGUACGAUCAGUGUUCAGGAAAUCCGGAGAGGAUGAAACGGGGAUAGGCUAUAUAUUUUUGCUCACAUGCACACGGAUAUAAUUUUGUUGUUUUUUACAUGAUACCAAAAUACUUCAUCGUCUUCCAAACACGUUUAUGUAACAUGGCACACAGCAAUUGUAUGUAUGUACAUAAUGGAAGUCAUGCAUAACAUGCAUAUUUAUAAAUACGCUCGCGUUAACGAUACUUCGGUAUAACGUUUUCAUUGUUCAUAAACAUCGUUUUUUCCGAGCGUGAGGGAAUCUGUGAUGUGUUGGUAAACGUUUCUAUACGUUUUCAAGCGAGUUUCUGCCUGAUCUGCGAUUAGGAAACACGGUAGAGCGACAAUCUAUAACUUUUCUACUUAUAUCUCAUCAGGAUUUUUCUAGUAUUACAUAAUUGUGGACGUAAAGUACGAAAAACCAAAAAGAAUUAAUUUUCGUGGCGUAUUUCUCGUUUCACGGAUGAGAGACUAGUCAUUUUAUAACGCGUCUGCAUAGAGAACGUAAUUGAUCGACGACGCCGGAGAGAUAUCGAAAUUUAAAGGAAAAUUUUAUGUCGAUUAUUAUUGAAA